ACAGACCUCUUCCUCCCUCACUGCAGCUUCGGCUGGUCGGCAUAGACCAAGCGAUAAGCCCGGAUAAGCCGCAAGAGAUGCCGAUGCCGCCGCCGCCGCUCCUGCUGCUCCCGCUCAUCCUCCUCGCCGCCGCCUCCGCGGCCAAUGACAAGGUCACACCGAGGCCCCCCUUCUCGGCGGCAGACGCCGGCGUCCCUCCCCAGGUGCCGACGCCGUGGCCGGAGCAGUUCCACGCGGUGGUCUUCACCAACCUCACCGAGAGCGGCAGCCGGCUGCAGAUGAUCGACCUCUACUACGACUGGCCCGGUGGCCGCAAUCUCAACCUUAUCCGGGAUCAGCUCUCUGGCGACCCGCUCUACGACGUCGAGUGGACCAACGGCACCUCCUACAUCUUCAACUCCACGUCCUGCCGCACCAUCCUGUUCCCCGUGGGCAUCCUUCCGCCCGACUGGCUCGCUGCCGGCGCCGUCUACCUCGGCCGCGAGUCUGUCGACGGGUUCGACUGCCACGUGUGGACCAAGGUCGACUUCGUCUGGUACUACGAGGAUGUCGCCACCGGCCGCCCCGUACGCUGGAACUUCUUCAAUGGGAUGCAGCAGCAUGUGAUGAGCUUUGAGGUGGGGGUAGUGCUAGAGGAUUCCAAUUGGCAGGCGCCGGCUUACUGCUUCAAUGGCCGGGAUGCCGCAACGGCCAUCGACGAUGUCAGUGCAGAUGGAGUUGACGGUGAGGACGACAGGGCCGAUGUGAUGAACAGCCUGAUCAGGUUCGCCGGGGCUCCAGCUGCAGCUGCAUCAUUUGACCAGUGAACUUUCUUGAUGCUCGACUGAUGAGGGGCUUUCCCAACGGUGAUCUAUACUUAUACUGAUCUGUUCUGCUCUGUUAAUCACGAUGUGCUUCUUGAACCCUGUUGUGAUGUGUAGUAACAGUACUUCAGCACUUCGCGACAAUUAGAUGAGUAGUAGCUGUUACUCUUUUCAUCGAGAAUGCAAGAUCCAUGAUCAGUAGUAGAUUUGUAUCUGUCAAUUUGGAACGAUGGUACUACCUACUGAACUUGAGCUGCUGAAUUCUGCUAUCUGAGUUGUGAUCGCUGAACCGGAAUGGUGGAUGCAGAAUUGAACAUCUGGAUUCUGGCUGGGAGAGCAUGUAUAUUGGUUGGGUGGGUAUGAUAUGAAGCUGAGCUCCAUCACAUAUGCUAAUUUGUACCACGAAUCAAUCAUGAAUUCAUAACUGAAUGAGCUGCUUGCCUAUCUGUA